UUUGAAUUUUCAGAGUUAAUUACUAACGAAAUGAAAGUAUUAGGAGUUUAGCUCCAAUUUACUAUUAUAAUUCUUUUACAUGUUUAAAGUAUAUAUCUACGGACAACUUUUUUUCAAAUACUACAAUAACUUUAGCCUAACUUUUAGGCUCUCUUUAAAUAAAUUCUAAUUGACUAAAAAAUUUAAAGUUAAUGAAGUGGUCCAAUUGAGCAAAAAAAAAAAAAAUAAUAAAAAAUAUAUAAACACCAUUGGAGAUGCCUAACAAGCCACCUCUUAUCUCUUUUCUCUUCUCUUCACUGAAACUAGAAACUGAGAAAGCCGACCCGCCUCGCUCCCUCCAACAAUGGCUGCCCUCGUUCAACUCCCUUACGAAGCCACAGUCAAGCUUGCCCUCGCCUCUCUAGAGCGCAAUCACUUACCGGACGUCGUCAUUCGAAGACUAACCCGCCUCCUCUUGGCCGCUCGUCUUCGCUCCGGCUACAAACCCUCCGUCCAUCUCCAACUCUCCGACCUUCUUCGAUUCAUUAACUCUCUGAAGGAGAUGCCAAUAGCGAUCAAGACUGAUGAGCCUAAAGCCCAGCAUUAUGAGUUACCCACUUCCUUCUUCAACCUCGUUCUAGGGCAAAAUUUUAAGUACAGUUGUUGUUACUUUGAGAAAAGUUCAAGUACAUUAGAGGAAGCAGAGAAGGCAAUGCUGGAAAUGUACUGUGAAAAGUCAAAGCUUGAAGAUGGUCAAACUGUUCUUGAUGUUGGGUGUGGAUGGGGAUCACUUUCUUUGUACAUUGCUCAAAAGUAUAAGAAUUGUAAGGUCACUGGGAUUUGUAACUCUUCUACUCAGAAAGAUCAUAUUGACCAGCGUUGUAGAGAGCUUGGGGUUGAGAAUGUGGAGAUCAUUGUGGCUAAUAUUAGCACAUUUGAAGUGGAAAGAUCUUUUGAUAGAAUAUAUUCCAUUGGAAUGUUUGAGCAUAUGAAGAAUUAUAAGGAGCUUCUGAAGAAAAUAUCAGGGUGGAUGAAGAAGGAUGCUCUUCUAUUUGUUCAGCAUUUCUGUCAUAAAACAUUUGCUUAUCAUUUUGAGGAUGUAAAUGAAGAUGAUUGGAUUACAAGGUACUUCUUCACUGGAGGUACUAUGCCUUCAGCAAAUCUAUUAUUGUAUUUCCAGGAUGAUGUUUCUGUUAUUGAUCAUUGGCUUGUGAAUGGGAAGCAUUACGCACAGACAAGUGAAGAGUGGCUAAAAAGAAUGGAUAAGAAUGUAAGGUCGAUAAAGCCAAUAAUGGAAUCAACUUAUGGAAAGGAGAAUGCUGUUAAGUGGACUGUUUAUUGGAGAACAUUUUUCAUUGCAAUUGCUGAACUAUUUGGAUAUAACAAUGGUGAAGAGUGGAUGGUUGCUCUUUUCAUCUUCAAAAAGAAGUAAAAAAAAAAAUCAAUCCAACUUCUAAAGCCCCCCCUAUGAGAAAUAAAAUGGGUGUUUGGAAAAUAAAUAGUGUUGAAGAUAAUUUUCGUGACAUACUCAAUAUCUUGUCAAAAAUUUGAUGCUUCUCACUAAUGAUAUAAACUAUUUUAUUUUGAAAAA